AUGGCGCCUAGGUCAGGGGGUGGGUCGCCAGCUGCAGGAGGACGGGAACCGACGCUCAGCGCCACCCGGAGGCUGCAGGGUGCCCAGCUCCUGGAUCGCGGGUCCAGGAGGGGCCUGGGGCGGCUCUGUCAAGCGGGCUGUGUGGCAGGGCAUCCUCCAUGUUCCGCUCCAGGGAGCCUCGCCAGCAGGGCAGCGCCUCAGCGGCAGGUGCCACCUGCACGCGGUGACCUUUGGAGCCGGGCCAGCGCGGUUUUCCGCCUCGCGCAGCCUCCUCAGCCCGCUGAGCUGCGCAUGCGCCGCUGCCUAACAACUCGAAUUUCUCCUGGGAGAGGCCAGAGUGUCCCAGGGCUUGGCCAGACCGACAGUCCUAUUGGUGUGGGGCAGGGUGCGGGGACUGAAGAAGGGCGAGGGCGAGCGGCUGGGGCUGGGGAAGGGCGAGCGGGAGGCCAGCAGGUGGCCGCAGCCGUGGAGAGGCUCUCAGCAGCCGCUGUCGGGGGCAUGUCGCACCCGCCUAGUCUGAUCCCCCUCAGUCGGCUGGUCUACACCAGCAACGACUCUUAUGAGAUCCACCGCAGGGAUCUCAGGAAGAUCCACGAAGCUGCCUGGCAGGGCCAAGACCGGAAGCUGCCGAAGAUGAUGAAAAAGAGGAAGACAAGGGACCUGAACAUAAGAGACGCGAAGAAUAGCACAGCCCUCAUGCUUGCAGUAUGUCAUGGAUCAUCAGAGACAGUCGGCAUGCUUCUUCAGCAAAAUGUUGACAUCCAUGCUGAAGAUAUGUGUGGAAUGACCGCAGAAUGUUACUCUGUUGCUUGUGCAUUUGAUAACAUUCAUCAACAACUUUUGGAAUAUAAGCAAAAGAUAUCUAGAAAUCCUCAAAAUAGCAAUCCAGAAGAAACAUCUGAAGGAACACCUGACAAGGCUGCACCCUUGGCAGAGAGAACGCCUGAUGAGGCUACACCCCUGGUGGAGAGAAUGCCUGAAGAGGCUGAACAUUUAGGGGAGGGAAGGCCUGAUGAGGCUGGAGGCUUGGCUGAAAGAACGCCUGAUGAAUCUGCACCCUUGGUGGAGACAACGCCUGAGGAGGCUGAAAGCUUGGGGGAGGAAACCACUGAUGAGGCUGCAGGCUUGAUGGAAAGAACACCUGAUGAGGCUGCACCCUUGGUGGAAAAAACGCCUGAGGAGGCUGAACACUUGGCAGACAGAAGGCCUGAUGAGGCUGAAUGCUGGGAAGAAAGAAGGCCUGAUGAGUCUGAAAGCGUGGAGGAAAGAAUGCUUGAGGAGGCCGAAAGCCGGGUGGAGGGAUCGCCUGACUGUGAUUAGCUUAGCCUAAUCAUUUCUCUUUAUGGAGAUGGGAUGGGGGUAAUGGGGGUAAUGGAAUAAUAAAUGUCUAAAUAAACUUGUGUUUCUGCAGCAAGAAAGAAUAAAUAAUGGCUAUGCAUAGGAAGCCAGCAAUGUUCUCUGCAAAGAUUCAUUGGAAAAUUUGAUCAGAGGAGUCACAAGAUUGGACUUGCGUAUCAGGGCAUUCUGGUCAUGAUAUAAAGCAGAGAUUAGAAAACUUUUUCUGUAAAGAGCCAGAGAGGAACUAUGUUAGGCCACGUGGUCUCUAUCAUAGCUAUUCAACUCUGUUAUUGUAGUGUGAAUGACAGCAGUCAAAAUGUUGUGGGAACUCAAGCCAAGCGGGGCAAGGAGACCAUGGAGACACAAGAGGAUUUAUUGGUGUACCAACUGAUGAUGGUGAGGCUAAUGCCUAUAAUGGCUGCCAGCCCUGAACAAACAGAACAUAUUGCUUUUAUACAAUUUGAGGUGGGAAAACAUGCAUUUUCUUCGUGGUUAUCUUGACCUUAUAACCUUGCAGCUGAGGUGGAAGGUUGUAUAGUUGAGGAAAACACCCAAGGAGACCAGAAAAACAGGAAUUGCACAAGUAUGUGUGGGCUGUGGCAUAAAGACAUCCUCUGGUGCUCUUAUGUAAGUAGAUAGGGGGCAGUGCUAGGUCUGCUUUAUCUCUACUUUCUCUAAGAACAGGUUUUAUGAAUAGCCUGGAAUAGGUGCUGCGAGAUAAGUUUGCAGCUGCAGUUAGUUGGGCUGAGCUGGGAGGUGUUACUUAUUUUUGCUUACUAUGAUUUUUUUCUUAAUAACCUAGUGCUAAUGUUAACUUACUUAUUCUAUUUUAACUCUUUGAUUUUGUUUUCCUCCUCAUUCCCCCCUUAAGAGCUUUCUUUAAAGGGAUUUCAUUACUAGAAGGCUUUUCUCUCUUUUCUUUCUUUGAGACUUUACAAUUCCCAUGAUGCCAGGAUGGAGGGGUCAGUGUGUCAUUAAAGUGUUACUGUUCAUUUUCCUGAUUGCAAAACUAGCUCACAGUGUACCUUCUCCUGUUGUCAUCUGUUUUGGACAUACUGAUGGUGAGCUGGCAAAUUCCUUUGGCUCCUGUUGGCCUCUUUGCACUGUGCCUGUCUUAGGUCAUCCCUCACUCUGGGGACUCUUACCAAUUAUUGGUAACCAGCCCUCCAUCUGGGGCCUUACAGGGCAGGCGAUAUCAUUGGGUGUCAUUUUUGGAGGCCUUUGCUUAGCCUGGAAGACAAGACUGGAGCCAGGUUACUCUUUAGCAAGCUGUUUCAUUAGGUUAUGACACCUGAUGUUUAUACUUCAUGAUUUGGCCCAGAAGUUCUUUACCUGCACAUCUGUGCUUCAUGUGAUUCAGGGAAGGAACAAGAGAAGGGAGAGUAUGAGGAAGGAAAAUCCCCUCAGAGGAGUCCUGCAUUGGUACUACAGUUGUCUGCCUUUUUACUGUGCGGUUCUCUUCCUGUGAGGAAAAAGGCUGAUAUUUAGUUAAAACAAUUAUUUUGGUGGUAGUGUGCCUAGGCAUUACUGCCUCUAUGGUUGAUUUUACACUUCUAAAUAAAAGAGAAACGAGGCAAGGGAGUUUUAGGCAUCCGCCUAAUAUGAGAAUUACACUCCCUAUAAGAGUUUUGAGUCACAAAACGAUGAAAACCAUCACCAAAAAGAGAAUUUGGAGACUACCCUUUCCAAGUUUGGGCCGGGACAUGGGCCAUUUCCAAAGUCUCGGUGAUCUAUCUCCAUUGUCAUCAAAUUCUAAACAAUUGGUUAGGUUAAAUUUUCCACAAACCUCUCCUUCUGAGGUCAGGAGAUAAUCUAGUGCCAGCUUAUUCUGAUAUAUUGCAUUUCUCAUCCUUGGGGCUUGUAUGGGUAGCAAAUCUAAAGCUCUGUAUGUUUCAUUGUUUGUAAUUUCUAGGACUGCCUGUAACUUAAUGAUGCAGUUAUCACACAGAUGGGAGUGUGAUAUCCCCAUAUCCCAUCUUGGACCCAAGUAGCUGGACCAUAAUAAUUAUUCUCUCUGGGGGCCAUUCGGUGUUUUUCCAGUCUCCUAUUUGUACAUCUUUCUUUAUGUUUAUUGCUUGCUUGCUCUUAUUCUGGACUCAUGGUAUAUAGAGCACCCUAAUGUCUUCCCUUGCUCCACUGGAAGCAAAAAAAAAAAUGAUGGUUUGAUGAUGCCUAACACACAAGCCCUCAUCCAUUUUUCUGGCAACUGCCUGUAUGCCUGCAGGCCACAAAUCCAGUUGUGGCCUCAGGGUGCCCACCAAGCAUUUGGAGCUUCUAGUUGGUACCAAGAAUGGUUUAAGGAAGGAAAUCUGGAAAACGGGUUAAAACGAGGUGGCUCGGAGCUGCUCUUACCUGGCCUGUCCUCCCUCUGUCAUUAGGUCUUUCCUGUAGUUUCAUUGUAAUAUUCCUGUCCUAGGCAUGCCAGUUCACCUACUGGAUUAGUAUAGGUGGCUCCCCAGUGGUCAGUACAGGACCUUCCUAUAACAGAAGUUUUUAGAAGCCUAGCACUGGAGCCUGUGGAUGAUAACUCUGGAGUAUCUGAGGCAUAAAGGGUUAAAGCAUAAUUGUCUUGGGUAACAAUUCAUUUGCUUCCCAAGGCCACUGCUCCCCAUGUUAGUUCCUCCACAUAUGUAACAUGAGGUGACCCCCUAGAUUUCCUGCUAUACUUUCAGCUAACUGAGCAAAUAGAUUCCUAGUGGUGGAAGGUGACUCAGGAAUUGGUUAAAAUGUUCAUUGAAUGACUUAAAGACUUGAAACCACUGUUGGGGUCAAUAAGCUUAGGUAUUUUGACAGUAUAAAAAAGACACAGUGUCUUCAUUUGCCCAUUUGAGAUACACAAGGCCUAUCUUUCUUUUCUCAGCAUUUUCUUCAUCUACCUUAGUUAAAUUAUUAUAUCCUGCUGGUUCUUUGAUGCCUGUGACCCAAAUAGGUGAGUCUGGGUCCAACAUAGUGAAUUCUAUGAGACUGCAGAUUUUCCCUUUAUCUCCUAUUUCACAGUCAUUAUAAUCCUACCAGUAGAUGGCAUCACUGAUCCAAGUGGGGAUUGGAGUAAGCUCAGCCUGCUUCACUUGAGGAUUAUAGGUUUUGUGGCUACACCUUGUGCACACAGGAUUUCUCUAAUGGGGGUGUUAUAACAAGUUGAAGCUACAACUAUUAUUUUUAAGAAGUGUUUUUAUUACCCGACAGGCAUCUAAGUAUAAGAACACACUUCCUUAAUGAGAAGGGGAUACCCAAGUCAGGUUGUAAAGGGUUCCUUCUGCUGACUUUUCCUGGGGUCCAAACCAAGUCUCAGGAAAAAGUUUGGGAUCACAGCACAUAUAAGACUGACCAUCACCUAGAUCACAAAUUGAAUAGGUAGCUUGAUUAUAAUGCAAGAUCCUGGGGAAGCUCCUGUACACUCACAAUGUGUUUGGUAUAGUAGGGUUUUAACUUGUGCAUUCCCUAUCCAUGUAGUGUGGGUGCACAUAGGACACCCAUUCUUGAUUUACCCCCUUACUGAAUUUGCCAUAAGAGCUAACAUGGGCAAAAUGAAAGGCAUAAAUUUUAUACUAAGACUGGACAAGAAAUGUUUAUUCCUGGGAACAAAACUUGGCAGCAAUGACAACAUGCUAACGGGAUCAUUAAUAUUACUAAAAUAACAACAAGGCUUAAGCUUUCACUCCACAUAUACUUGUCCGGUGGCGAUUCCUCAAGCUUCAGCCAUGCAUUGACAAGUCAGCUUUUGGUGUUGUGAGUAGAGCAGGGCUUAAUGAUUCCUCAGGGUCAACUGCAUCUGAGACCGAACAGGGCUGGUCCUGGUCCUUGUCAACAACGCAUCACAAAGUUAGCAUGGUGUUAUGCUCUGGAUCUGGCUGACUGGUCCCCUUGUCUUGGGCUGCUGGCUUUAACUGGCUGUGAUGAAUCCAGAAAACAACUUUGGCAACUUUAACAGCAGUGGGGGUAGAAAUAAAGCAGCCCUUCCAUGUAAGGCCCAAUGUGAUUCGGUUCCACUUUUAAACAGUCUCCUGGUUUAAAUGAACGGAUUGGAGUUAUUAAACUUAUAGUUAUUCUUUCCUGUACCCAGCUUUGUACUUGCUCCAUGGCUAUACUUAAGGCCUGUUUGACUCCUUAAUGUUAUUUCUCCUAUUUCCUUAAGAUCUCCUUUUACCUGGAUUAUAAGUUGGUGGGGGGUCUCCCAAACAAAAGUUCAUAAGAUGAAUAUCCAGUCUGUUUGGUUGGGGUGCAUUUCACUCUGAGGACCAUGGGCAAGACUUGAUUCCACCAUAAGUGUGUUUCCUGACAGAAUUUCUUUAGCAAUUGUUUUAGUGUCUGGUUUAUUUGCUCUACUUUCCCUGAACUCUGGGGAUGGUAGGCAGUAUGUAACUUCCAAUUUAUUUUUAACAGCUGAGAGAGAUCUUGAACAAUCUCAGCUACAAAUGCUGGUCUACUGUUGGAUCCUAGAGUCAGAGGCAGCCCAAACCUGGGGAUAACAUCCUUUAAUAAGGCUCUGGUCACUUCUCUGGCCUUUUCAGUUUGAGUGCGGAAUGCUUCAACUCACCUGGAGUAAGUACAGAUGAAUACUAACAUAUACCAAUAGCGUUCUGCUCCAGGCAAUUUGGUAACAUCUACAAGUAGGUUUUCACAUAAGGUUGCUUCUACUCUGAAUUCCUGGGUGUUGAAGUGGCCUUGCCACAGAUUGUUUUGGGCACAGGUUAAGCAGUUUUUACUAACAGCACAAGUGGUGACAGUGAGGUGCAGCACGUAAAAAUGGUGCCCUAUUAGGGCUUCUAAAGCUGUCUUCUACAUAUGUGUUCUCUCAUGGAACUGCUUCACAAACUUCAGGGCCAUUAUGUUGGGAAUGGCCAGCUGCCCAGCUGAGAAUUGCCACCGCCCACUUUUGGAAUAAUUCCCAGCCUCUUGAGUGAACAGGGCCUUUUCAGUAGGGGCAUAACUAGGUUUUCCCAUAGGUAGAGAUUCUGGAAAAAGAGGCGUCGCAAACUCCUUGCCCUCCAAUGAUGGAGUUGCUAUAGCCUCUCUGCUUUCCUAUUUCCUCUAGACUCAUAAGACCCAUAUGCCUGGUAUCCUUUGCAGUGCAGAACAGCUACCUUUUCUGGUGCCCAUACAGCAUCUAAAAGCUGCAAGUUUCCUUCUUUGUGUUUUAUUUCCUUUCCUUUACCUGUCAGGAGCCCUCUUUCAUUAUAUAUGGCUCCCAUGGGCAUGCAGCAUAGCAAAGGCAUUUUUGGAGUCAGUAUACAUAUUGGCCACUUUUCCUUUUGCUAGUAACAGGGCCCUUCUUAGAGCAAUUGAUUCUGCCUUCUGGGCUGAUGUCCAAGGGCAAAGACUUUGCCUCUACCACUGAGUCAUUGUUUAGCCCAUAAUCAUAUGUUACCACGGCAUACCUGGCCCAGUAGUUUCCUCCUGAGAUAAAACUGCUGCCAUCUGUCAAGCAAACAACUUCUGAAUCACUAAAAGGCAUAUCCCUUCAGCUCAAGAACACCUUAUCUACUAUAUCUAUACAAUAAUGUGAGAGGGUCCCACCUACAGGUAGCAGGGUAGCUGGGUUUAGAGUAUUCACUGUCUCAGCAACUAUGUAAGGGUUCUCACACAAGAACCCUUGGUACCUACCUAGUCACCCUAGGGUUUGACAGCCAGUAAUGUCCUCUCUGGUCUAGUAAGGUAAUUACACUGUGGGUACCUGGAUGAUUGACUGCUGUCCUAAUGUCAGGUUGCCAGCCUCCUGAGCCAAUAGGCUGUGGCCACUACAGCUUUGAAAUGGGGCCAGCCUAGUGCUACAGAGUCUAACUGCUUGGAUAAAUAUGCUACAGGUCAAUGCCACAACCCCAGCAUUUGUGUUACGACUCCGAUAGCCAUUCCUUCUCUUUCAUGUACGUAUAAGAAGAAAGGCUUGGUUUGAUCUGGUAGUUCUAAGGCUGGGGCCUGAAUUAAGGCUUUCCUAAUUUUUGUGAAGGCCUUUUAAAAAAUCUAUUUCCCAGAGGUGUUUCUUUUCUCCCCUUUUUGUGGCUUCAUAGAUGGGCUUAGCAAUGAGUGCGAAGUUUACAAUACAACAAAACCUGCUGCCUCUAAAGACUCCCUGGUUUUGUUGGCGAGUGGUCAAGGUAGAAAGUGCACACACACCCUGCUUCCACUCACUACCACACUGUCUUUUUCCUUGACUUACCAUGAACUCUAAAUAUUUGACCCUUUUUGAGCCUAUGGACUUUUUUCCAGUAGACUUUAUAACCUGCCUUCCACAGGAUGUGAAGGAGGUCUUUAGUAUCCUUUCGGCAAUCUACUAGUCGGGGCUGCAAACAAAACAUCAUCAAUGUGCUGCAGGAUAAUGCACUCAUCGUUAGGUGGAAUGAAAGCUUUGAGGUACAUGGUUAGUGCUUCUUCAAAUAUUGUAGGAUAAUUCUGAAACCCUUGUGGGAAUAUAGUCCAAGUGUACUGCGUUUUUCCCCAUUGGAAAGCAAAAACGGGCUGGCUUAUGGAAGACAGCCUGAGACAAAAGAAUGCAUCCUUCAAGUCUAAGCAAGUCAACCAGACUGCACUAGCAGGUAUUUGUCCAAGCCAGGGGUAUAGAUUGGGCACCACUGGGUGGAUUGUGACUGUAACUCUAUUAACAGCAUGGAAGUCUUGCACUGGCCCAUAUUCACCAGAUGGUUUUUUCACUGGUAAAAGAGGUGUGUUCCAUGGUGAAUUACACUAUCUUAAAAUCCCAUAUUCAAUGAGCUGUUCUAUCUACUUCUGAAUGCCCUGGACUACAUCCAUGAAAAUAAGGUAUUGGUGGACUCUCACUGGGAUGGCUCCUGGCAAUAACUCUACAAAGACCAGUGCUUGAUUGACUGCCAGUCCUUGUGGAUUGUUUUCUGCCCAAACUUCAGGUAUCCUAGAGUUAAAAUCAUACUUGCUGUCACAGCCUCGGGUCUAUCUAGUGCCCAACCAGGGAGUGCCUCUGCAUAGUCUCAAUUCCUCAGACUUUGGGUGAGUGAGGGUAAACACCACUGCCUUAGAUUGGCCUAGAUUCAAAGUUAUGUUCCCUGGUUGGCUAAAGAUUUGUGCCUGCAAUUUUUGGAGUAGGUCUCUUCCUAAAAGAGGGAUUGGCCAGUUGGAUAGGUAUAGAAACUCAUGCUGAAUUUCCCAAGCAGGAAUUACACGUCUUUUAGAUUGACAGAAAGGCCUUCUUUCUGACACUCUGGUGACCCCAAUGAUGGUAGCAUAAUUUUUGGUUAAUGGCCCAACUGGUUGAGUCACUAUUAAGUGCUCAGGACCUGUAUCUACCAUAAAACUUGUUUGUUGGCCCCCUAUAUCCAUUUUGACCAUGGGAUCCUGGAGGUGAAGAGACAGAGAGCCCGAUCUGUCUCAGUCUGCAUAAUUUUCAGCUUCAACCAUGCCUAUUAGGUCAGUACUGGAUUUCAGGACAGUGGAAUUAUCAAAUGCCGUGGGCAAGGAAAGAACCUCUGGUUUGACUGCAUCUCCUAAAUUUGGUUUUUACCCUUAUCCUUUUCUGGGCAAUCAUUUUUCCAAUGACCUUCCUUUUUACAAAUUACACAUUGGUUCCUUCCUACUCUGAAUUGGCCUCCUGCUGCAUUUUGGUCCUUCCCUUGGCCCUGGGCACAGCCUUGGCCUUGCUGUCUUCCAAAGAAAUUUCCCCUGUCAGCUAGGGUGACCACUAGCACUUUUGCCUGAGCUGUUGGCACUGUUUCAUCUUUUUCUUUUAGUUUCUGUUUAGCCUCUCUCUCUUCCUUCUGAUCAUGGUUUAUGAACACUUGACUAGCUGCUGAUAUAAAUUCAGAGGCAUUCUUUCCAUCAAACCCUUCAAGUUUUUGAAGCUUCCACCUGAUGUGGCCCUGUGACUGACAAAGGCUGUAUUAACCAUUCUCUGAUUUUCAACUGUUUUGGGGUCAAAGGGAGUAUAAAGUAUGUAAGCCUCACAGAGUCUCUCAUAGUACUAGCUGGGGCUUUCAUCAGCUUUCUGUAGUGCCUCUUUGUAUCUCUGUAAUUGUUCUAAAUAAGGGUUUUUUUUGGGGUCCCAAUUUGGGUCAGUGUCAGGGAAUUGGGCUUCUGCAUAUCAACAUGGAUCAUUUUUACCUUCAGACACAUUUCUCUCCAGCCAGAGAAGAGCUGCUUGUACUACUCUAUAUCUUCCUUCCACACAGAACAGAGUAACAAGAAGCUGCUGACAGUCUGCCCAAGUAGGGUUAUGAGUUAGGAAUAUUGACUUCAUUGUGUCGAUUACUUCCUGGAGGUUUUCCUUAUAAGAAGGAUUGUGAUGUUUCCUAUUCAAAUGAUCAGUUGUGGAGAAGAGUAAAUAGGAGUAGACUCAUUCCUCUCCUCUCACCUGGCACUGUUCGUUAAGAUGCAUUUGAGCCUGAGUGUCUCUAAGUGGCAUCUACAAAACUCAGGUGUGGCCAAAUCAGAGGUCUCCUGCUUCCUAGUCCUGCCUUUUCUUCCUGAUUUUGGACAGCGGGCAUGAAGAUUUCUCUCUCUGAGGUGAUAUUUGUGUCAUGCUGCUUUCUGAGCUUGUCUACUCCAAGGACAUCUGUCCCUCUUCUUGUCUGAGCCUCGCUAGAGAUGGAUAUAUGGGACAUAUGGAGGAGGGGCAUCUAAUUCCUCUGGAGGAGCCUGCAAAAUUGGUUUCUCUUGGCUUCCUAAGAGUUUAAUUUCUUUUUUGGGGGGCUUAUACAUUACAUUUUUUCUGGCCUCCUUUGGGCCUCCUUGGGCAACCAGGGUUUUGCAGUACUCAGCCAUGCACUGUCUUAGCCACCCGGGCUGCAUCUGAAUUACAUUUAGCCAAAAAUCAAUAGGUAGGAAUUGAUCUGGAUGCCCAGGUUGGCCUGAUGCCCCUGUUAUUAUUUCACUUGGUCAGUAAUCUUCCUGUCUAGGGUGCCCUCUGGAGGCCAACCAACUCUAAAGGCAGACCACUCCAGAUUACAGAGGGUCCUUAACUUCUGAAGGGACAAUUUGACACAAUACUCCCCUGAAAAUACUUUCUUGACAUUUUCUAGAGUAUACUCCAUAGGACAGCAUUUUAUCUCUUUGCCUCCCUCUUCCACUCAUCAUGACACACACACCUCAGACAUUUUUUCCAGGCUGAUCUGGCCAGGCCUUAUUACAUGGAGGUUCGGGUAAUGCUUGGUCAGGAGGGUUUCUUAAUCCCUUACGGUGCACCUGCCUUUUACAGGGAUGCUCCUGUUGACCUUAUUCACCACCCUAGAACAAACCAGCCACACGCUUGCCUCGGAGGGCACAGUCCAUUCUAAGGAAACUGUGUCUCCCCACGUCACUACCUGCAUUGGUUCCUUCCAGAGCUGUCUCUUCCUCACACUUUCACACACCUCCCCCAUCUCAAAAAUCCUCAACGGACAUGGCAGGUCCCUCCCACACCCUGGGGCAGUUCACACACACCUCUGUUCCUAAGACUUCAUAUGGAGCCUUUCUCAAGUCUUAGGGCUACUUGCUCAUUCUGCUGGUUUCACUUUCUCUGUACUGACUCAGCGAGCUAUAUCUUGCUGUUCUGUGUCAAUUGCUGGCUCAGGGGGCUCUAUCUCACCUUUCUGUGUUGGUUGACAGUCUGAGUUUUGUCUUUUCAGUUUCUUUUUUUUUUAUCUUUUUUUUUCCUUCUUAUUUUUUUUUAUUGCAUUUUAGG